GUGGCAGCGGUGACCGCCUCCUGGGUUAUUUUCUUUUCUCCCCCAGCUGCUCCAGCCUCCUGGUUUCCCGAAUCACUUGGUAAAUAACCAGCAGGUGGGCAGAUGUCUUUUCUGCGUUCCUACGGACGCGCAGGCAAGUUCGAUGCGCCAGAGUGAACAGCCAGGGUCCCAUCUCUCAGCCGGCUCCCGGGCGGUGCUAGCAGGGAAAAGGGACGCGCCGGCGAAUGAAACACUACUAGCCCGGAAAGCCGGCCUGGACCUUCACCCCGGGCAGCGAGUCUGGCAGCCCCUCGCCGCCGCCCCCUCCGACCUGAACAGACUGCGCUGCGAGCCCCGAGCUUCCGCCGCAACGCACAGAAAUUGGAGGUGCCGGAGGAGACCAGCAGCAGCACUUGAUUUAGCUGGGCUGCGGGAAUUCCGACCUGUACACUUUCCAGAAGCCUGACCUCUCCAAGUCUGCGCCCAGGGACUCCAGCCCCGGCUUCCAGGUUAAUCCAAGCGCGCCCCCUGGGUGCUGUCGGCCGAGUUCACCGCGCGGGGCCUCGGGGUCCUGUGAAGCCCGAGCAGCACAGGCCGCUGCCUCAGCAUCCACCCCGCAGCCCACGUGUGGCAAGCCGGGGAAGGGGUGGAGUGAACGGCCGGAGACCACGUGGAGGGAGGGGCCGCCUUGGCCCUUCCAUCUGGGUGCCGGGAGCCCCUAGGCCCUCCGGCCAUGGCGGACAGCGGCAGUGCGGGCAGCUCGGGCCCCUGGUGGAAAUCGCUCACGAACAGCAGAAAGAAAAGCAAGGAAGCUGCAGUGGGGGUGCAGCCUCCCGCCCAGCCCGCUCCGGGGGAGCCCACGCCACCUGCGCCGCCCAGCCCGGACUGCACCAGCAGCUCCCGGGAGAAUCAGCACCCCAAUCUCCUCGGGGGCGCCGGCGAGCCCCCCAAACCAGACAAGUUAUACGGGGACAAAUCCGGCAGCAGCCGCCGCAAUUUGAAGAUCUCGCGCUCCGGCCGCUUUAAGGAGAAGAGGAAAGUGCGCGCCACGCUGCUCCCGGAGGCGGGCAGGUCCCCGGAGGAGGCGGACUUCCCUGGUGACCCCCACGAGGACAAGCAAUAGCCCCAAUAGCCUUCGCGCUCCAAGACUGUCUACCCAGCACUACCCCAAGCCCCCAGUUCCAAACCCGAGACUUCAGGCCCGCCCCCUUACGUGUUGUCUCAUUCCACCAAAUUCAGAAUAUUUACACAAUGCCUUCAUGAUUUUAUUUUUCUGGAAAUUGAAGCGUCAAUUGGGUUCUCAAUAUUGCAUGAUUCCAAGGAUGCAUUAAAUAUUUAUUUGUGGUAAGAGAAGAUACCUGUGGCAUAAUUAUUUUUUUCAAAAAGCUAUUGUGGGACCCUGGCCCCCUGGCUCCUGUCACAACUCAGCUUGAACUCUGUAGCCUCUCAAAUGAAGAAGGUGGCUGUUAUUUAAGACUCUGUGGAAAGCAAAUCACAGUGCUGUUUUUAAUGCCUGAGAAAUGCACUUUAGGGGUACCUCCAUAGACGUAUACCUUAAGUGAAGGAGUGGGGGAGGAAAAAACAUUCUUAAGUAGAAGCAUUUUAAGGUAAGGCAGGAUUGCUUUUAAUGUUAAACUACAAAACUGUACCGUCUAUUUUAGCGUGGACUAUUAAAACCCUUGCACUGUAAG